UUGAGCUGUUAUGCUGGCAGUCUAUUAUUCUUGUGUUUUUCGCUGAACGCCUGAAGCCCUGAGGGCCUGAACUGCAAAACGUGAAAGCCCUAACACCUCGUCGCCCCAAAGAUCCAAGCUGAAGUCGCCGGUCGCUGCCUCGCCUGACCAGUCCGCCACUUCACUUCUUCGCCUGCUGCCAGACCAUUACUCCGUUAUCGUCGGACCAGUCGCCAGAGUCCUCAGUGAGUCAGUGCCUCACAAUCUCUGCCUCUCAGUGUGGUCAAAAUAAUCUUAAUCAGAGAAUGACUACAAAGAGGGAGGCAGAAAACAGUGAGCUGGAUGAGGAAACAGACUCAAAGAAGCAGAAGAUAGUGGAGCAAUCCUCUCCUUCUUCUCCGCCUCAGCUUGCUUUUGAUAAUGCCCUUCUUCCACUUGCAUCAUAUGAUGAUGAUGAUGAGGAUGAAGAUGGUGACAAGAGAGAUCAAAAUGUUGCAAGAGGAAGAUUGGGGAGCAGUGAGAACAAGUCUGACAGUGAAGAGGAUGAUAGUGAAGAUGAAGCUUGGAAAGGAAGUGGAGGUAGGAAGCACCGAGUGGUUGAAGUGAGAAGGGACUGUCCUUAUCUUGAUACAGUUAAUAGACAGGUUCUGGAUUUUGACUUUGAGAAAUUUUGUUCUGUGUCUUUAACAAAUUUAAAUGUAUAUGCAUGUUUGGUGUGUGGGAAGUAUUACCAAGGAAGGGGGCCAAAAUCUCAUGCAUAUACACACAGUCUUGAGGCAGGGCACCAUGUUUACAUCAAUCUGCGAACAGAGAAGAUAUACUGUCUUCCUGAUGGAUAUGAAGUUAUAGAUUCAUCACUGGAUGAUAUUCGACAUGUUCUGAAUCCUAGAUUUUCUUUGAAACAAGUUGAACAGCUCGAUAACAGCACACAGUGGUCUAGGGCACUCGAUGGAUCUGAUUAUCUUCCUGGAACGGUGGGGCUGAAUAACAUUAAGGAGACUGAUUUUGUUAAUGUUACAAUUCAGUCUUUAAUGAGGGUGACUCCAUUGAGGAAUUUCUUUCUAAUCCCUGAAAAUUAUCAACACAGUAAAUCCCCACUGGUUCAUCGAUUUGGAGAACUCACUCGAAAGAUUUGGCAUGCUAGAAACUUCAAAGGACAGGUCAGCCCACAUGAAUUCUUGCAAGCUGUCAUGAAAUCAAGCAAAAAACGUUUCCGAAUAGGUGCGCAGUCUGAUCCUGUUGAAUUUAUGUCAUGGCUUCUUAAUACCCUGCACGCAGACCUCAGAACUUCCAAGAAAAGUAGCAGUAUAAUCUACCAGUGCUUCCAGGGUGAGUUGGAGGUGGUGAAAGAGAUGCACAGUAGAGCUGUUGCUGAGAAUAAAGAGAAUGGAGAUGCUAAUGGUGAUGGUGGAAGUGACGCUGUCAAUGUAAUCGCUGAAACAAGUAGAAUGCCUUUCUUGAUGCUUGGACUUGAUUUACCUCCACCUCCUCUUUUCCAAGAUAUUCUGGAGAAGAACAUUAUUCCCCAGGUUCCAUUAUUCAAUAUAUUGAAGAAGUUUGAUGGUGAGACCGUGACCGAAGUUGUGAGACCUCGUAUUGCUAGGAUGAGAUAUCGUGUGACAAAACUGCCAAAGUAUCUAAUUCUCCACAUGCGCCGAUUUACAAAGAACAAUUUCUUUGUGGAAAAAAACCCUACUCUUGUCAACUUCCCUGUGAAAAAUCUAGAGCUGAAGGACUAUAUUCCUCUUCCAUCACCCAAGGACAACGAAAAAUUGCGUUCCAAGUAUGACUUGAUUGGCAACAUUGUUCAUGAUGGCAAACCUGGUGAAGGAUCCUACAGGGUAUUCGUACAGCGAAAGUCAGAAGCACUAUGGUUUGAGAUGCAAGACUUGCAUGUCACCGAGACUCUCUCACAUGUCGUUGCGCUCUCAGAGGCAUAUAUGCAGAUCUAUGAGCAGCAGCAGCAGUAACGAAACUUCCAUUCCUUCAUACUAUAAGCAGUUUGAACUAAUUUGGCAACAUUGUCACGUUCUGUACUUUACGGUUAGAUUUCUACAUCUUCUGAAGGUUGCUAGGUUACAUAUGUCUUUACAGUCUACCAUGGCAGUGAAGAAUUUGAUAGCCAACAAUUUGUAGUUUUUGUGUACACAAUUUGAAAUGAGCCUAAUGUUCUGUUUUUGUUUUUCAUAGAUUCACAUUAUAUGUAUUCUUUAUCUUUUUGGGGAUUUCGCUUUAGCAAUGGUCUCUAUAUAACGAAACAUUUAAAAC